AUGGCACCCUCAACCAUCACCGUCGGCACGCGCAAGUCGCCCCUCGCCAUGGCCCAAGCCGAACUCGUCGUCGCCUCCCUCCAAGCCAUCUUCCCAGAGUCCUCGUUCCCCAUCCACGGCAUGACCACCACCGGCGACCGGGACCAGAAUACAGCCCUCUACAACUUUGGCGGCAAGGGCCUCUGGACGACCCAGCUGGAAGAGAAGCUCGUUGCCAAGGAACUCGACAUUGUCGUCCACUCCCUCAAGGACAUGCCCACGACCCUACCGUCAGACUGCACCCUCGGCGCCGUCACGAAGCGAGAAGACCCGCGGGACGUACUGGUAAUGAAAAAGGCACUACGUGAUACAAAGGGAUACAAGACGCUAGCGGAUUUACCGGACGGUAGUAUCAUUGGCACAAGCAGCAUUCGCCGAAUUGCUCAACUGGCAAGACGAUAUCCCGGACUUAAAUUCAAGGAUGUACGGGGGAAUAUUCAGACAAGACUCAAGAAGCUGGAUGAGGAUCCUGAAUUAAGUGCCAUUGUGCUGGCUGCGGCUGGACUGCUGAGGAUGGACCUCGGCGAGCAUAUUUCGCAGUAUCUGGACGUGGAUAACGGUGGGAUACUACACGCUGUGGGUCAAGGAGCACUGGGUGUGGAGUGCAGGGCGGGCGAUCAGUCUGUACUGGAGGCGCUGAAGAAGAUUGAAGAUAAAGAUACCCUGCUGGCGUGUUCGGCGGAAAGGAGUCUGAUGAGGGAGCUUGAGGGCGGGUGUAGCGUGCCCAUCGGUGCUGAGACAAAGUGGGUGGAUGGCAAGCUGAGGCUCAGAGCGACCGUUGUCUCUGUGACAGGCAAGGAGGGCGUUGAUGCGGAGGUUCUGGAGAGUAUUACGACGGAGGAGGAGGCGACUGAGCUGGGGAAGAGAGUGGCAAGGGACUUGUAG